AUGCUCUUCAAUUCGGUUCUCCGACAGCCCCAGUUUGGCGUCCCGAGAAAUGGAUGGUCUUCACAGUACCCUCUACAGUCCCUACUAACUGGUUAUCAGUGCAACUCUAAUGAUGAGCACACUUCUUACGGAGAAACAGGAGUCCCAGUUCCCCCUUUUGGAUGCACCUUUUCUUCUGCUCCCAAUAUGAAACACAUACUAGCAGUUGCCAAUGAAGAAGGGUUUGUUAGAUUAUAUAACACAGAAUCACAAACCUAUAGAAAGAAGUGUGUUAAAGAAUGGAUGGCUCACUGGAAUGCUGUCUUUGACCUGGCUUGGGUUCCAGGUGAACUUAAACUUGUUACAGCAGCAGGUGAUCAAUCAGCCAAAUUUUGGGAUGUAAAAGCUGGUGAGCUGCUUGGAACAUGCAAAGGUCAUCAGUGCAGCCUCAAGUCGGUUGCCUUUUCUAAGUUUGAGAAAGCUGUCUUCUGUACAGGUGGAAGAGAUGGCAACAUUAUGGUCUGGGACACCAGGUGCAACAAAAAAGAUGGAUUUUAUAGGCAAGUGAAUCAAAUCAGUGGUGCUCACAACACCUUAGACAAGCAAACCCCUUCAAAACCUAAGAAGAAACAGAAUUCAAAAGGACUUGCCCCUUCUGUGGAUUUCCAGCAGAGUGUUACUGUGGUCCUCUUUCAAGAUGAGAAUACAUUAGUCUCAGCAGGAGCUGUGGAUGGAGUAAUUAAAGUAUGGGAUUUACGUAAGAAUUAUACUGCUUAUCGACAAGAACCCAUUGCCUCCAAGUCUUUCCUGUACCCAGGUAGCAGCACUCGAAAACUAGGAUACUCAAGUCUGAUUUUGGAUUCCACUGGCUCUACUUUAUUUGCUAACUGCACAGAUGACAACAUCUACAUGUUCAAUAUGACUGGAUUAAAGACUUCUCCAGUGGCUACCUUCAAUGGACAUCAGAACUCCACCUUUUAUAUUAAAUCCAGCCUUAGUCCAGAUGACCAGUUUUUAGUCAGUGGCUCAAGCGAUGAAGCUGCCUAUAUCUGGAAGGUGUCCACACCCUGGCAUCCUCCAACUGUGCUCCUGGGUCAUUCUCAAGAGGUGACAUCUGUGUGCUGGUGUCCAUCAGAUUUCACAAAGAUUGCUACCUGCUCGGAUGACAAUACACUGAAAAUCUGGCGCUUGAAUAGAGGCCUGGAGGAGAAAUCAGCAGAUAAACUCUCCAUAGUGGGUUGGGCCUCUCAGAAGAAAAAAGAGGCGAGAGUUGACCUAGGAACAGUGACAAGUGGCCAGAGUACUCCUGCCAAAGCCCCCAGAGUAAAGAGCAGUCCAUCUAGUUCCUCCCCUUCCUCAGCAGCUUGUGCUCCGAGCUGUGCUGGGGACCUCCCUCUUCCUUCAAAUACUCCCGCAUUCUCCAUUAAAACCCCUCCUGGCAAGGCCCGGUCUCCUGUUGGCAGAAGAGGCUCCGUCUCCUCUGUCUCUCCUAAGCCACCCUCAUCUUUCAAGAUGUCCAUUAGAAACUGGAUGACCCGAACACCUUCCUCAUCACCACCCAUCACUCCGCCUGCUUCUGAGACCAAGAUCACAUCUCCAAGAAAAGCCCUCAUUCCUGUGAGCCUGAAAUCAUCCCAAGCAGUGGCUUGCUCUGAGUCUAGAAAUAGAGUAAAGAGGAGGCUAGACUCAAGUUGUCUGGAGAAUGUGAAACAAAAGUGUGUGAAGAGUUGCAGCUGUGUGACUGAGCUUGAUGACCCAGUUGAAAAGCUUCAUCUGGAUCUGUGCUGCCUUACUGGUAACCAGGAAGACCUUGGUAAGGACUCGCUAGGUCCUACCAAAUCAAGCAAGAUUGAAGGAGCCAGUAUGAGUGUGUCAGAGCCUCCUUCUCCUGCCAGUCCUUAUGCUUCAGAGGGCUGCGGGACACUGCCUCUUCCUUUGGGAUCUUGUGGAGAAGGGUCUGAAUUGGUGGGCAAAGAGAAUAGCUCCCCGGAGAACAAAAACUGGUUAUUGGCCAUGGCAGCCAAACGGAAGGCUGAGAAUCCAUCACCACGAAGUCCAUCAUCCCAGACCCCUAAUUCCAGGAGACAGAGCGGGAAGACUUCCCCAGGCCCGGUCACUAUCACUCCCAGCUCCAUGAGGAAAAUUUGUACAUACUUCCAUAGAAAGUCCCAAGAUGACUACUGUAGUCCUGAACAGUCAACAGAAUUAUAG